AUGGUCAAGGAUUUCCACGUGGCUGAUGGUGAAAAUGCGUCCUUUUACGCCGGUAUUCUUGUCUCCGCCUUUUCGCUUGCCGAAGCUCUCACUGGUAUGAUCUGGGGAGGCCUAUCCGACCGCAUCGGCCGCAAGCCCGUGCUUCUGUCCGGAUGCUUUGGCACCAUGCUCUCCCUUCUCAUCGUUGGGUUCGCCCGCAACUUCUGGGUUGCUCUAUUUGGCAGGGCUCUAGGAGGUGUCCUGAACGGAAACAUCGGCGUUAUCCAGACCAUGGUUGGUGAAUUGGUCAAACGACCCGAACAUGAACCUCGCGCUUACGCUGUGAUGCCGUUUGUUUGGUCAAUCGGGACAAUAAUGGGACCAGCUAUUGGAGGCUUACUGGCGAGACCCGCCGAAGGUUUUCCCUCCCUGUUCUCUCCCGACGGCCUCUUUGGCAUCUACCCUUACCUAUUGCCAAAUGUUGUUUGUUCUAUCUUACUUCUCUGCAGUAUGCUAUUCAGCUGGCUAUUUUUACAAGAAACCCACCCCGACAUGCAAUCGUGGGAUUUCGGCGGGGACAUGAUUGACGACUUGGCUGCCGAACGACCUCUUCUAGUAACUGCCGGUGCCACGGCCAAUCCCAGUGCCGACCUGCGGGUUGAAUCUUACGGAACUUUCAAUGAAGUCCGACUUCAUCAGAACGAAGAUAUGAUGGUGCAUGCGGAUGGUUCGAAGUCGGAAGGAACACCUACAAAGCAAAGCAUCUUUACAUGGCGAGUUGCCAUGCUCAUAGUUGCGUUGGCCAUAUUCACAUACCAUUCAAUGACUUUCGAUCAUCUGUUGCCCAUCUUCCUUCAGGAUAAAAGGGUCACUGAAGUCUCUACGCUUGGCACCUCGGUCCUCAGCUUCCCCGGCGGAGUUGGUCUAUCUACAUCAACUGUUGGCCUGAUCAUGUCCACGGACGGUAUUAUCGCACUCUUCAUCCAGAGUGUGGUUUUCCCGGCUUUGGCUCACUAUCUGGGAGUGUGGAGACUCUUCGUGGUCGUGACCAUUCUGCAUCCCUUGACUUAUUUCAUUGUCCCAUUUUUGAUAUUCCUCCCUCACAAGAUCCUGUUCGUCGGCAUUUAUACGUGCUUGGCCCUUCGCAACGUCCUUUCGAUCAUUGACUACCCCGUCUUGCUGAUCCUCAUCAAGCAAGCUAGCCCUUCGGAUUCGGUUUUGGGAAGGCUCAAUGGUCUUUCUGCAUCUGCCGGCGCCGCCUCGCGCACUAUCGCCCCUCCCGUCGCCGGCUACCUGUACAGCACCGGAUCCAAAGUUGGCUGUACUGCACUAGCGUGGUGGGGGAGCACUCUCGUUGCCAUCAUUGGCGCCGUGCAGUUAUGGUUUAUCGAACAAAAGAAGUAUGCCACUGCGACCGUAGCUGGUCGUUGUCACUACGUUUCCAACGAGACGCAGCCAUGGAAGGAGACCGUCCAUAUCAUCGUGACGGAAAAUGAUCGCAGCACGAGGGAUGUGUGA